UUGAGGUUAGCCUAAGAGGAUAUUGCACUAUUGAGACUUGCAGUCGCGGGGAAAACCCAGAAAAACCCUUGGUUUUUAAAGAACCACCAAAUCAAAACCUAUUACACCGGAAUUUGAUAAAAAUAUUCGGCGGCAGCGUUGAGUUGUCCUGCGCCCGAGCAAAAACGACCUUUUAGCCGAACCGAAUCUGUAACGGAUCGAUGUCAACAUCGGGGCAGCCGCAAUUUCGGUACACGCAGACACCAUCUAAGGUUCUUCACCUGCGGAACCUCCCAUGGGAGUGCGUCGAAGAAGAGCUAAUCGAGCUGUGCAAACCCUUCGGCAAGAUCGUCAAUACUAAGCUCAAUGUUGGCUCCAACCGCAACCAAGCAUUUGUUGAAUUUGCUGAUCUUAAUCAGGCAAUUAAUAUGGCCACCUACUAUGCUUCAUCUUCAGACCCUGCACAAAUUCGUGGCAAAGCUGUGUAUAUUCAGUAUUCAAACAGGCAUGAAAUUGUCAACAACAAGGGCCCUGGAGAUGUUCCGGGCAAUGUUCUACUCGUAACUAUUGAGGGCGUUGAAGCUAGUGAUGUCAGCAUUGAUGUCAUUCAUUUGGUAUUUUCAGCCUUCGGUUUUGUGCACAAGAUUGCUACUUUUGAAAAGGCAGCAGGCUUUCAGGCUUUGAUCCAGUUUACAGAUGUUGAGACUGCAGUUACUGCUAGAGAAGCAUUGGACGGGAGAUGCAUCCCAAGGUACCUGCUCCCUGAGCAUAUUAAUGAUUGUCAUCUGCGCAUUGCAUUCUCUGCUCAUACUGAUCUUAAUAUAAAGUUCCAGUCCAACCGGAGCAGAGAUUAUACAAAUCCAUAUCUUCCUGUAAAUUCCACUGCAAUGGAGGGAUACAUUCAGCCUGUUGUAGGUCUAGAUGGUAAGAUAAAAGAGGCAGAGAGUAAUGUGCUUCUUGCCUCCAUUGAGAAUAUGCAGUAUGCUGUCUCUUUGGAUGUCCUUCAUACGGUAUUCUCUUCAUUUGGUACGGUCCAAAAGAUUGCAAUAUUUGAAAAGAAUGGGGGAACACAAGCGUUCAUCCAAUAUCCCGAUGUUGCAACUGCAACUGCUGCAAAAAAUGCUCUGGAGGGACAUUGCAUCUACGAUGGUGGCUAUUGUAAGCUUCAUCUGUCAUACUCUCGUCACACUGAUCUGAAUGUGAAGGCAUACAGUGAUAAAAGCAGAGAUUACACAGUCCCGGAACCGGCUUUGCGUCCAAUGCAACAAGCUCCGGCCUUCUCUAAUAACAAUACAUCGGCGACGCAAACUUGGCAGAACCCUCAGUUUGUGGCUACACACCAGCCUCCAGCCGGGUAUGGAGGCCCUCCUCCUCCCAUGCCCUCCCAAAAUAACCAUUGGAACCCGACCCAACCCGGAAGACCGAUCUUCCAUCCAAACGCAAACACCUUUCCAGGUCAAGGCUUUUCAUACUCACACACUCUUACUCCUCCGGGUGAGCCUCCUCGUUAGCUGAAUGGAUGAAAAAGCUGUUCAUGUAAUUUGUGUGCAGUCAUUAUUUGUCUUACUCAAGUAAACAGUGAUUGUUUCUUUUUCAAAAACUUGAUUGGAUGCAACUUUUUUUUUGUCGCUGAGUGGGAUGUGAUGGGGAUGAAGGCUGGACGGAUGCAGUGGGGUGGUUUGACUAAUUCUGGGGGCUAAUGCUAAUACUGUUGAGUUUAAAUUUAAUUAUUGGAGGGAGG